GGAAGUAGACGGAAACAACAGCCAGGCCAGAGCUCCUCUGACAGCGAUACGUGCGGCGCUGGGGAGGCUAAACACAAAAUAUUCGACACUGGUGUUUGUAUUUCAUUUCGAAAGUCCGAAUGGUGUAGAAGUAGAAGGAAAGCCAACAUGGUACGCAUCUGGAGGCAUCUCUCGACGACGCUGGAACUGCGGGUGUCACUUUUCGCCUUGCUUCUCUUUCUUGUUGUCUCCCUUGGUGACGCCAGGCUCCGCCGGACUCGCAGCGCCAACACCACGACAGAGGAAACGGUAGAAACUUAUGACAAAUACUACAAUUAUGUUCAUCUAACCGGACUUUUGCAGUCAUUGGCCCAGAAAUACCCUCACAUUGCCAACCUGUCGAGCGUAGGGCGGUCUGUGCAGGGCAGGGAGCUGUGGGUGAUGCGUAUCACCGAAGACCCCAACACAGACAAACCGGGGAAACCGAAAUUUAAAUACGUGGGUAACAUGCACGGCGACGAAACCGUGUCCCGACAGGUGUUGAUUUACCUUGUGGAGUACCUGCUGAGUAAAUAUGGAGAGGAACCUCGCAUUACUGAGCUGGUGAACAGCACGGAUAUUUACAUCAUGCCCAGUAUGAACCCUGACGGCUUUGAGAAGUCCUCCGAGGGGGACUGCAGGGGCGUCAACGGAGGGCGAAGUAAUGCCAACAAUAUGGACUUAAACAGAAGCUUUCCUGACCAGUACAAAGGGACGACUGUCGAUCCAGAAAGUGUCCCCGAAGUCAUGGCUGUGAUCAGGUGGAUUCAAGAGAAAAAAUUUGUGCUGUCAGGGAACCUGCAUGGCGGCACCGUGGUUGCCAGUUACCCUUUUGAUGACUCAGCCUCCCACCAGGAACAAGGCAUCUACAGCCAGUCAGAGGACGACAGUCUCUUCCGCUACUUGGCCCGAGUGUAUUCUGAGAACCAUCCCGUGAUGAAGACCGGCGAGCCCUCCUGUCCGGAUGACAUCGGUGAAACCUUUAAAGACGGCAUUACCAAUGGGGCGGAGUGGUACGACGUGUCUGGAGGGAUGCAGGACUACAACUACCUACAUGGCAACUGUCUGGAAAUCACCUUGGAGCUGAGCUGCUGUAAACAUCCACCAGCUGCUGAGCUUCAUAAGGAAUGGGAUCUGAACAGGGAAUCUUUAGUAGCCUACAUAGAAAAGGUCCACAUAGGUGUUCGAGGCUAUGUGAAAGAGGCGAUCAGUGGUGCUGCCCUCACCAAUGUCAGCAUUAUGGUGGCAGGCAUACGCCACAACCUGACCACAGGAAGUUAUGGGGAGUACUACCGCCUUCUGCUCCCGGGAACUUACAACAUCACGGCUGUGGCCUCAGGGUACACAUCAAUGACAGUGAGCAAUGUCCAGGUCCUGGAGGGCAAAGCCUCUGAACUGAACUUUACCUUGACACCUGUGGUCAGAGAGGCCACAGGUAGCACUUCUGUGACUACGAGCGCGGUGCCACAAACCAGUCAUCCAAUCAUUUCCACUACCAGCCCUUCUAGCACCACUCAGACCCUGGUGGUCCCCUCCAAAGGAAACAAUACCAACUCUACUGCACUUCCACCUCUACACCAACCCAUCCAACCCCAGCAAUUUCGUCACCACAACUAUGCUGACAUGGAGCUGUUUUUACGGAAGUACAACAGCGAGUUCCCCUCUAUCACCUAUCUUCACUCUAUUGGCCGCUCUGUGGAAGAACGUGAGCUGUAUGUGAUGGUAAUCUCAAACAACCCUACCGUUCAUGAACACGGUGAGCCAGAGUUCAAGUAUGUGGGCAACAUGCACGGUAACGAAGUGGUGGGGCGAGAGUUAUUGCUCAACCUCAUUGAGUACCUGUGCCGUAACUAUGGCGUCGAUCCAGAGGUCACUCAAUUAGUCAACAACACCCGCAUUCACAUCAUGCCUUCUAUGAACCCCGAUGGAUAUGAGAUAGCCACUGAAGGGGAUGAACAGGGCUACCAAGGGCGCAACAACAGCAACAACUUCGACCUGAAUCGCAACUUCCCAGACCAGUUCACCACCAUCACAGAUCCCAGACAGCCAGAAACUAUAGCUGUAAUGAAUUGGCUGAAGAGCAGCCCCUUUGUCCUCUCAGCCAACCUUCACGGAGGUUCCUUGGUGGUCAACUACCCAUUUGACGAUGACAAAGAAGGCACAGUUCAUUACAGCCGGUCGCCUGAUGAUGAGGUCUUCCAACACCUGGCCAGAGCCUACUCACAGGAGAAUUCACUGAUGCACAACGGACACCCUUGUCCGGACCUGUACCCUGAAGAAUAUUUUCAGGAUGGCAUCACCAAUGGUGCCUACUGGUACACUGUUCCUGGUGGAAUGCAGGAUUGGAACUACCUGAACACCAACUGUUUUGAGGUCACCAUCGAGUUGGGCUGUGUCAAGUACCCCAGGGCCAAGGAGCUGCCGACAUACUGGGAACAAAACCGACGAGCCUUGCUUCAGUUUCUUCACCAGGUCCACAUCGGAGUAAAAGGUACAGUCUCUGACAUUGAGGAUGGCACAGCUAUCCCCAAUGCCACCAUUCACGUGCAGGGCAUCGAGCACAGCAUCACUACAGCUCAGACUGGAGAUUACUGGAGACUGCUGGUCCCCGGGACAUACUCCAUCACUGCCUCUGCCCACGGGUAUGUACCGGUGACGAUCUAUGCCACGGUCUCAAAGGAUCAUGUGGAGAUGGUGGACUUCAGACUUACACGUUUGCACUCCGAUGGUAAUGGCCAGUCUACCAACGGCUUAAUACCCAAACAGACUCCAUCUGAGAAGGAGCUCCAUAGCUUAAUCAGGGAGCUUUCUGUAGGCCAAGGUUUGGAGCAGUUGGUCAAGAGCACAGCCACAGAAAACAACUUGCGGCGCUACAGAGGCUCCAAAGAGCUGUCCUCCUCCCUGAGAAGCUUCACUCUGAACUUUCCCAAAAUUACAUCUUUACACAGUUUGGGCCAAAGUGUCGAGUUUAGAACUGUUUGGGCUCUGGAAAUCUCCAACAAACCAGGAGAGGCAGAGCCAUCUGAGCCAAAGAUCCGCUUUGUAGCAGGGAUCCAUGGCAAUGCCCCAGUGGGCACAGAGCUGCUGCUGGAGUUUGCUACCCUCUUGUGUAUUAACUAUGGCAAGAACCCAGCAAUCACCAAGCUAAUCAACGAGACCCGGAUUUUCAUUGUGCCUUCUAUCAACCCCGACGGACGAGAACAGGCUAUUGAGAAACAGUGCACGUCCACACGGGGCUUGACCAAUUCUAACGGAAAAGAUCUGGAUACAGACUUCUUUGGCAAUGCAUCGCAGCGUGUGGUGGAGGCCCAACCUGAGACCAGAGCGAUGAUGAAUUUUAUUCUAAAUCAAGACUUCACUCUAUCGGUGGCCCUUGAUGGAGGCUCACUUGUUGCUACUUACCCUUACGACAGACCUGUCCAGACUAUUGAAACUGAGGGCACAUUGAAGUACUUGGCAAGUGUGUAUGCCAACAACCACCCGAAGAUGCACCUCGGGGACACGGGAUGUCCCAAUAAUGGACAGGUGGGCAACGUCCCAGAUGGAGUUGUGAAGGCUGCAGUGAGGCAAAGUCACAUGGGGAGCAUGAAGGAUUUCAGUAUGGACUUCGGCCACUGUCCAGAAAUCACCGUGUAUACAGGCUGCUGUCUGUUCCCUCCUGCUGAGGAGCUGGGCACACUCUGGGAUGAGAACAAGCAGGCUCUCCUAAGCAUGUUGGUGGAGGUCCACAAAGGGGUACGAGGCAUGGUGACGGACAAGAGUGGAAAACCUGUUGUUGGGGCGAUCAUUGUACUGAAUGAAGGGGUGAGAGUGUUUACUUCGGAGGGCGGCUACUUCCACGCACUCUUAGCACCUGGCACCCACAAUAUCGAAGCUUUUGCUGAUGGAUACCAACAACAUCGUCAAAAGGUGGAGGUAUUGUCCAGUGAGGCUGCAAAGUUCAUCGUCAUUGUGUUCGAUAUGGACAACAGCAUCCUCGGCCUGCCCAGGCAGCUUGUCGUGGCCAGUGCGGCGGCCUCCAUGACGGCGUUGGUGGUGACGGCGUGCAUCAUCUGGUGCGUGUGCGCGGCCAAGUCUAACCGCCAGAAAGACGGCUUCCACCGCUUGCGACAGCAUCGGGAGGAAUACGACGACGAGAUCCGGCUCGCCUCCAUGGGCUCCAAGAAGUCGCUGCUCGCCCACGAGUUUCAGGACGAAAGUGAAAGCGAUGAGGAGACUCUGUACGCCAACAAAAUCUGAGUCGUUGCACUAGCUUGGCUCUCGGCUCAGUAUUUUCUUUUCGAGCUCCCCCUAAAAAAAUCAAACCCCUGGCCCAGAAGGAACGGGAUGAACUGUGAGCUUCCGUCUCUCUUUAUGAACACUUUUAGAGAGGUUCAAGUUUUUUUUUUUUUUGUUUUUUGUUAUACCAAUAAGUUGUGGAGAGACUGACAGCUGGUCACUCAAUUAUUACAGCGGCUAAAUGAAUACAUCCUGCUGGUGUCUGCACUGGCUAUUUAACUGCUGCAUCUCAGCUUGACUGGUUCAACAGGCGGAGGGAGAGAAAUAAGGUUCAGCCCACUGUUGCCCUCGUCCAUCCUUUUAUUGCAGCUUUAUUGUUUCCGAGCCAUUUAAGAAUAUUUUCUCAAACCUGUCCUGCUCGGCUUAGAGGUGAAGCCGAUGAGUCCAAAUGAACUCUUCCUCUGUGAAUGUGGAUUGAACUCUAGAUGGAAGUGCUUUAUCCCCCAAAACCUCCUCGCUGGUAUCAGUCCUUGCGCUGCAGUUUGUUUAGUAAUCACUAAAUUGUUUUUUUAUGCAAGUGAGCUACACUGAAGUGUCCGAGCCUUUGGGAGAAUAAAUCCAGUAUCGUGCCUUGGUUUCUAUAAUGUUUACGGUCCCCAUCAGGCUGUAAUAUGUGGCAAGAAAGCAACCUAGUGAGUAGAUGAUACAUACUGGAAUUUGAUCCAUCCUAUUCUCAGGUGGUAUGAAAAGAGAGGAGCGAUCUAAAGACUGCGUACGUGUAAUGUUGCACUGUUUUCUGUACAGAUGACUCGAGGCUGGGUUUAGUAGUUUUGUAUUUUUCCAGCGAGUCAGUGUUAGGAGCAGACUUCUCAAAGGCGUCAGGGAGAAUAUCCGUUACCAGGUUUGCUUGAAAGUCUGUGUAGUUAGUGGAGGUCACUUGCACUUAAUGGAAAGCAGGGGUCAUCCCACAUCAUUGGCCAAGAAAUAAAAAAACGACAAAUCAUGAAAAGAAUGUAUUUUCAUUUCUUUUUGUUUUCUAUAAUUUAUAUCGGCAUGGAAAACAGGUUUGUUUUUUCCAUCUGAUUUUUUUUUCUUUUUUUUUUGGUCUUGGGGGGGAUCUUUGCAGAAGUCACGCCAGGUUUUUCUGUCUCUUAAUGACCAAAAUCGAUGUCAAAGCCACCAAUGCCACAUGCUGUGCAGACUCAGUGCAAAUAAAGUCAUAUAUUUCAAAGUAAAGGGCCAUGUAAUAUCCAUUGUAAUAUCAAUUUCAGUGUGAAAUUUGUUCAGUUUAAUCUGAGUUAAAUGCAGUGCAGUUUUAUUUUCUUUUUUUGUGUGUGUGUGUAUCAAAAAGAAUCACUCUUGGGUGACUUAUUUUAAGUGGGAAGCAGGUUUGUGUGCGUACAUGCAAAUUUACUCCAGUAAGAAAAAAAACAAGACCCUGUAUCAGAAAUCCAAGGUUUUAUGAAAUGUAACUAUACCAGAGCUGAAAUCACUGCACUAGAUCUGAACGGUCUGUUGUGCUGCAGGUUUUCACUCGUUCUCAUAAACAGCAGUUGCCCUCGAAAGAGACUGCCCUGAUUUCUACUUGAACAAAUGAUUUCCUGACCAGCUGACAUCUGUGUGGGGGAUACAGUUUUGUACAUUAUUUUUCUUAAGCUGCGUCUCUGAACGUGUGUGUAAGAACUUUGAAAGUUGAGCCGCGCUGGUGUAAAGAUUUUCUACUAAACUGGAAUCAGCUGUAAAUGUUUGCCAAUUGUAAAUGGAGAGAAAAUGCAAUUCGUGUUAACCAUGAAUCUACACUGAACAGAGCAUUUCAUAUGAACGUCAUGCACAAAAACUCACAUAACACAAUAAAAUAAAACGUCUCAUUA